CUCCCAUCUGGUUCGCAGCCAGUGAGGUCUACCCAGGUGGCCAUGCUGAAUGGGGAGACGAGCAGCUCUGCAGCCAGGAAUGUGGUCCGCAGCUCCAGCAUCAGUGGAGAAAUGUACAACAUAGAGAAGAGCAAUGGUGGCAAUUCCGAUUCAGCCAGUCUCUCCUCCACUAAGAAGCGGCGAUCCAGCCUGGGUGCCAAGAUGGUGGCUAUUGUGGGGCUGUCCCAGUGGAGCAAGAGUACUAUGCAGCUCAAUCACCCUGAUGGUGGCUUAAAGAAACUUCGAAGUAAUAUCCGUCGCAGCACCGAAACUGGGAUUGCCGUGGAGAUGAGAAACAGGGUCACCCGUCAAGGCAGUCGAGAGUCAACCGAUGGAAGUACUAACAGCAACAGCUCUGAUGGCACAUUUAUUUUCCCUACAACCAAGCUGGGAGUUGAAAGCCAGUUCAGUGACUUCCUAGAUGGUCUGGGACCAGCGCAAAUUGUAGGGCGACAAACACUGGCUACUCCACCAAUGGGUGAUGUCCACGUUUCAAUGAUUGACCGGAAUGGACAGCUAGAAGUGGAAGUGAUAGAAGCCCGAGGUCUCACGCCCAAACUAGCAGCCAAAUCUUUUCCUUCUACGUACGUUAAAGUGUAUCUGCUGGAAAACGGGGCUUGCUUGGCCAAGAAGAAAACAAAGACUGUCAAGAAGAACUAUGACCCACUCUACCAGCAGACCCUUCUGUUUGAUGAGGGCCCUCAGGGCAAAAUGCUACAGGUGAUUGUCUGGGGAGAUUAUGGUCGCAUGGACCACAAGUGCUUCAUGGGGAUGGCUCAGAUUGUCCUAGAUGAGCUGGACCUGUCCAGUGUAGUGACAGGUUGGUAUAAGCUCUUUCCCACUUCCUCGUUGGCAGACUCCACCAUUGGACCCCUUACUCGUCGCCUUUCUCAGUCUUCACUAGAGAGUUCAAUAAGCCCUUCUUGUCCUUAA